AUCGCUGAGGGUUUGUGAGCGCGGAAAAGCGGGGCGCGAGCCUCCGGUGAGUCUCCGGUGAGACGGAGCUCCCACUGAGUCUUCUUCUUUUGCGCCGCGGGCUGGAAACAUCUGGAUCUUCAUCUUCCUCUGUGGGAACAUCUGGAUAUUCUUCUGUGAAGACAUGGAGCCGCAGGAAGUGGCGGACUGAAAAACAAACAGCUCGUCUGACAAGUUAUUAUUUCCUCUUCAUCAUGCUCUCCUGGCCCCACCCCUUGCUCUUCCUGCUCCUCCUCCUUGUCCAAUCAGCUGUGACCCCUCUGUCUGCUGAGAACACCACGGAGGAUCUUCAGGAGGUCAUUCUGGCGGCCAUCUUGCCUCAGACUAACACUGACUAUGCGUGGGCGUGGCCCCGGGUGGCACCCGCUCUCUACCAGGCGAUACAGCAGGUGAACUCUGACCCCUGGCUGCUGCCAGGUGUGAAGCUCCGACUGGUUAAUGGCAACUCUGAGAACCGCGACGGCUUCUGCUCAGACUCCAUGGCACCACUUGUAGCCGUUGACCUCAAGCUGUCCCACGACCCCUGGGCCUUCAUUGGGCCUGGCUGCGACUACUCCUCAUCACCUGUUGCUCGCUUCACCACCCAUUGGGAUGUCCCCAUGGUGACGGCUGGAGCCCGUGCAAUUGGCUUCAAUCUGUACGCAGCAGUCACCAACACGGGCCCCACACACCAGAAGCUGGGCGAGCUUGGCAUCAGGAUCCAGGAGAUGUUCGGUUGGCAGAGGCACGCCAUGGUCAUCUACAGCGACAACAAGGACGCCAACGACGAUCGGCCGUGUUACUUCACUGUGGAGGGGCUGUACGACCUGCUGGGUAAACGUAACAUCACCGUCCACGACCAUGCCAUCCAGGGCGAGGUCAACUACAAGUUGAUGGUCCAGGAGAUCCGCGACAACAGCCGAGUGGUGUAUAUGUGCUGCUCCUGGGACAUCUUCCGGACUCUGAUGGUCCAGUUCUGGAAGGAGGGGGUGGAGCUGGAGGACUACGUGUUCUUCUUCAUUGAUUUGUUUGCUGAGGGUCUGGGGGGCAGAGCUCCCGUCAGGCCCUGGUUCAGAGGUGACCAGGAGGACUAUGCGGCCCGCCUUGCCUUCAGGAGUGUGAAGGUGCUGACGUACCUGCAGCCUCAGAAUCCUGAAUAUUUUAAGUUUGUUGAAACUCUGAAGAACAACGCAAAGAGAAUGUUCAACUUCACCAUCAAUGACUCUCUGUACAACAUGAUUGCCGGAGGGUUCUACGAUGGGGUGAUGCUGUAUUCUCAGGCUCUGAAUGAGACCCUGAACCUGCAGGGAACAGGACUGGGAGCGGCCCGGAGGCCCAAAGGCGAUGAGGUGACCCAGAGGAUGUGGAACAGGACAAUCACAGGCGUGAUGGGCCCCGUGGAGAUGGACGAGUCUGGGGACAGACAGAUGGACUUUGCUGUGUGGGACAUGACAGAUGUCGAGUCUGGAGAGUUUCAGGUGGUGUGUAUGUAUAACAGCAGCAUAAAGCAGCUUGUCCUGCAAAAUGGUCUAAGCUUCUAUUGGCCCAGAGGAUCGCCGCCCCCAGACAUCCCUGAGUGUGGCUUCAAGAAUGACAGUCCAGCCUGUCUCACACGUAUGAACACACAGCUACAGAGUACGGUUACUAUGCAUCAGAUGGUUGCAAUGGUGAUUUGCUUUGUCUUUGUCAUCAUCGUUACUGUCACCGUCUUCAUCUACAGGAAGCUGAAGCUGGAGAGUGAGCUGGUAGCUCAGCUGUGGAGAGUUUCCUGGGAUGAUGUCCAGAUGAGCAACCUGGAAAAAGUCCUGAGGAGAACUUGCAGCAGACUCACCAUGUCUCUGAAAGGAUCAAAUUAUGGUUCUCUGAUGACCAUGGAGGGAAACUUUCAGAUCUACACUAAAACCGGAUACUACAAGGGAAACUUGGCAGCUAUCAAAUACAUCAACAAGAAACGCAUCGAGCUGACCCGGAAGGUUCUGUUUGAACUAAAGCAUAUGAGAGAUGUUCAGAAUGAACACCUGACACGUUUCAUUGGCGCCUGCAUCGAUCCACCAAACAUGUGCAUCAUCACAGAGUACUGUCCCAGGGGCAGCCUUCAGGACCUGAUGGAGAGUGACAGCAUCACUCUGGACUGGAUGUUCAGAUACUCUCUCAUCAAUGACAUUGUCAAGGGGAUGGUGUUUCUCCACAACAGUGUCAUUGUCUCCCAUGGUAACCUAAAAUCAUCCAACUGUGUGGUGGACAGCCGCUUUGUCCUGAAAAUCACCGACUACGGCCUGCAGAGUCUCAGGACCAGCAGCUGCCCCGAGGACACACAUGCUUACUAUGCACGUAAGCUGUGGACAGCUCCAGAACUGCUGAGGAUAGACUGUCCUCCCCCCUGUGGGACACAGAAGGGGGAUGUGUACAGCUUUGGGGUGAUCCUGCAGGAGGUGGCUCUGCUCAGAGGAGUCUUCUACCUCGACUCACACUCCCUCUCUCCUAAAGAGAUCAUCCAGGCGGUGAUUUGUGGCGGCGUGCCCCCCCUCCGCCCUUCCCUCUGCUUCCACAGUCACAGCGAAGAGCUCGGUGUCAUGAUGCAGCGCUGCUGGAGUGAAGACCCGAGCGAGCGGCCUGAGUUCAACACCAUUAAGAUCCUGCUCAUGAAGCAGAACAGAGGAUAUGGCUCUAACAUCCUGGACAACCUGCUGUCCCGGAUGGAGCAGUAUGCCAACAACUUGGAGGAGCUAGUGGAGGAACGAACACAGGCCUAUCAUGAGGAGAAGAGGAAGGCGGAGGCCCUAUUGUACCAGAUACUGCCACAUUCUGUAGCAGAGCAGCUAAAGCGAGGAGAGACGGUUCAGGCCGAGGCGUUCGACUCUGUCACCAUCUACUUCAGCGACAUUGUUGGCUUCACCGCCCUGUCAGCAGAGAGCACGCCACUGCAGGUUGUGACAUUGCUAAAUGACCUUUACACCUGCUUUGAUGCCAUCAUCGACAACUUUGAUGUAUACAAGGUAGAAACCAUCGGUGAUGCCUACAUGGUGGUCUCAGGUCUGCCUGUCAGGAACGGUAAACUCCAUGGUCGGGAGGUCGCCCGCAUGUCCCUUGCUCUGCUGGAAGCUGUCAAGAGCUUCAGGAUCCGACACCGACCCGUUCAGCAGCUACGCCUCCGAAUUGGCAUCCACAGUGGUCCAGUGUGUGCCGGUGUGGUUGGGUUGAAGAUGCCGAGGUACUGUCUGUUUGGAGACACGGUCAACACAGCAUCACGCAUGGAGUCCACCGGGGAAGCUCUGAAGAUUCAUGUGUCGGAGGCAACUCGUCAGGUCCUGCAGGAGUUCAGCUGCUUCCAGCUGCAGCUCAGAGGAGAGAUUGAGGUGAAGGGGAAAGGACGCAUGAGAACGUACUGGCUGCUGGGAGAGAACAACACUAAUUGAUGGAACAGGUGGAAAUCAGAAGCCCGCAUUUCUCCUCUUACUGCCUGACUUGACAGGACAUUGUUUAAAAUGACAGAUUACAGACUGAGUGAACUGGUUUCACCAAAAACUGUAGCCGAAACCACAGUCAAAUAUUUCACUGUAAAAUAAAUUAAUCAUGCAGAAAGA